CCCAAAGCGGAACCGUUGACCUGCAAGAGGGCUAUUUGAAACUUCAUGAUCCUUAUUAUCCAGCCAAGGUUAGAUUUUCCGAAAAGUGUGAAAAACUGGAAAAGAUCCUUGAACUUGAUUUUUGAGCCUAAAACGGCACCUACCAAACGUGGAAGACUUCUGAAAUUAAUUGGAAAAACUAUCUGUGAAUCUCCGCAAAUUUUCCCAGACCUGUGUACCUUCAUCACAUAGCCCUAGUUGAUCACAAGUCCGCGAGGACCAAACAAUUUUGUGUUGUGUUGUGUUGUAGCCCUGGCAAAUCGAAUUCAACGUCAAGAGUCAAUUUGAAAAGAGAAUUGAAAUUUAUGAUGCAUGAUAAUUAGAGUAUUUAACAACGAAAAGGCGUUCACCUGAAUUCAGUUGUUUUUCGUGCGUGAAACAGAUUGGUUGCCGUUUGAAAUUUGACCACAAAUACAAAUACGGAUAUAUACCCACAUACCAAACCAGUUAACCAGUUUUGUACACAAGGCAUGAAGUCGUUUUUUUUUGUAUUAGUUAGUUUUCUUUCGAUCAUUGGCCUUCAAUACCUUUCAAUUCGCGCCUAUGUAUCUGCCGAGUUCGAUCAAUCCGCUUUUAAAGGGACUAGUCCCUCAUUUGAGAUUGUCCAUGAGUGGAAGUAUUUGGAUUUUGAAUAUCCCACCUUUGUCGAGAGGCAGCUGGCGAUAAAAAAUGGCGAUUUUGUGCCGCGAAACAAUUUACCUUUGGGCAUUGAUAUAUAUGGGAGUCGACUGUUUAUAACGACACCGCGCUGGAAAGACGGCGUCCCAGCUAGUUUGGUUACCGUGCCAUAUCCGACAAAGGAGAUUAGCCCGGCAUUGAAGCCGUAUCCGUCCUGGCAGGCACACAGCAGUCCCAACAAUCCCGACUGUUCCAAGCUAAUAUCCGUUUAUCGCACAGCAGUCGAUGCGAAAUGCAACAGGCUCUGGCUCAUAGAUUCCGGGAUUGUGAAUGCUACAAUAAGUUUAAAUCCGAUAUGUCCGCCAAAAAUUGUCGCCUUUGAUCUGGACACAGAUGAGAUGAUUGUCCGGUAUGAGCUGCCCGCCUCGCAGAUUAAGCAGGACUCGUUACACUCGAAUAUUGCCGUAGAUAUCAGGAAUAACGAUUGCCAGGACGCGCACGCUUUCGUUACGGAUGUCUGGCGCUUUGGCAUUGUUGUCUAUAGCCUGGCGAAGCACAGGAGCUGGCGUGUGACUAACUACAAUUUCUCACCCAAUCCAACGGCGGCAGAUUUCAAUAUCCAUGGCCUGAAUUUUCAGUGGUUGGAUGGCGUAUUCGGCAUGAGCCUGUCCCAGGGACCCAAGCGAAAUGAUCGUGUGCUAUAUUUUCACCCAAUGGCUAGCUACAAGGAAUUUAUGGUUCCGAUAGACAUACUAUGGAAUGAAUCUCUUUGGAUCAAUGGCACAGUAGAUACGUCCAAGCUUUUUAUUUCGAUUGGCGAUCGCGGAUUUAACGGUCAAUCUUCGACAUCUGGAAUCGCCAGAAAUGGUGUCAUGUUCUUUACCCAAGUACAUCGGGAUAACAUCGGUUGUUGGGAUACAACCAAACCAUACGCUCGAUCAAAUUUGGGAAUGCUCCUUGAUGCUAACAAAUCCCCGACCUUGAUUCAAUUUCCCAACGAUUUAAAAGUAGACCACGAGGAGAGCCAAGGUGUUUGGGUAAUGAGCAAUCGGUUGCCAACCUAUUUAUAUAGUCAGCUAGAUUACGGGGAUAUCAACUUUCGAAUUUUAAAAGCCGACGUAGAGAGCAUUAUCGCCGACACGAUAUGUAAUCCGUUGUACGAAUCGGCAAGCAAGCAAAAAUUCGCUAUUGUGUCAAUAGAAGAAGGUCAAUGUUAUUAAACGAUAAAUAAAACACAUCUCGCUGGUAACUUAUUAAGACAAUGAUUUAGUACCUGCAGAGCCUACUUGAUUUCUUGAGAAACGAGGAAAAGAGCAUUCAUAUGAAUAUCAUCUUAAAAGGUUGUAUUAUGGGUCUAAUAAACUGAGUGUAGUCUGUACCUUGGGCCUAAAUAUCUCGUCAUUGUUCUCUGCCGACUAGAUUAAUCCAACUUGAUUAUUAAAUAUAAUUAUCUGGUAAAUUGCUCAAGUAUUUAUUACUAUGUAAUCAUAUGUUUAUACAUACCAAUUAUUUAAUUGUCUAAACUUAACC